ACGCAUGCCUGCGACAACUGUCGCACAGUGAAACGUGCCGUCUCAUCAAUCGAAUUGGCCCAAAUGGAUACAUGAUCUAAAGUUUCGCUCGCUUUUAGCAGUUUUCUACCACAUCCGUCGUUGCUCUCUCUGUCGUUACCUGUCGUCGUGGCCGUAUUACCCCCCCUUGUCUUAUCAGCACCCCUACAUCAAACCACAACACUCGCUUUUGCCGAAAACCGGCUGACUCGGGCACUCACUCACUUUCAACUUUGCGGGUUGCGCCCACCGCUCUGUGAACAAUGGGCCACUUUGAGUUUCGAGAAUUGGGGGCAAUUUACAAUUAUGUGCGCAGCAAAUAUGAAGAAAGAGCUGAGACAAAAGGGAAGCGGAGACGAUCAAUGAGCGAUGCGGUCACGGAGCGAAAGCCAAAGUACGGGAAACUGCAUAAGCCGCCAACGGUACAGUCGCUGCAUCAGAGACCGGACAGACCGCGCAGUCGGCUCCAGAAAAGCAGGCCGCAAUCAAUGAUGAGCCUGGCGCAGCCCUUGCCUAAUCUCUUUGUCCUGGAAUACGAUCCGUAUCCAUAUAAUACACAGCCAUGCCAGUUCCUCGGAGUGUUCUCAAGUAUUGAUACAGUCACGGCAGGCGCAUUCCAACACGGCGCGUACUCGUUUUCAAGAGAGGGGCUAUUGGAUGGCUCAGAAUACCUCAGUCCAACCGGCCGCAUCAAAAUCGUUUCGCACCCGCUGCAAUCCACCGGCGUGACUGCCGCUGUGCCAGGCGAAACACCCAAGAAAGACGGGCAGCACAUGCGUCUUGAUAUUCCGCAUCCGCUCAGCCAACCAGUGCCGCGAUUCGACAGCCAUCAGGAUCUCAACAUGCCGAAAAAAAGCGAGGUCACUGUCUACCUGGCACUUCAUGAAAGCCCCAAAACAGCGUUUUGCAUCGGCCUGUUCACGAGCAAGAGUCUAGCGUGGGGCGCGUGCUUGAAAGACAAAGCAUGGCUCGAGUGGACCGACAAGGUGGUGGAGCAAAAGAGGGAUGUGAGGGAGAACAACCUCCCUCGUGUCGAAGGGAGACUUGUCGGAAGCGGACGGCAUGUAUGGUACGUCACGGAGUCGACUGUCAAUGAUGUAAGGAAAUGAGAAAAGAAACGUCCGUU